AUGUCCUAUGCUAAUGGUGAAACUGGUGGACACCCAAGACAUCACUUGCCUAAGCAUGCCAGUUCUCAGGUAGGAAAGCUAAAUGGGCCCCCAAAGGCUUCAAAUUGGCUAGAAAUGAGGACGAGCUUCCACGACAUGGAGUAUUCUUCUGUGGCUCCUAAUCCAGAUUCACUGGUGACCAAUGGAUCAAAGGCUCUUCCAAAUGCUGAGGAGGACAAUUGCCCGGAUUCUGCUUUCCAAAUAAACAGCGAAUCUAUAGGACGCAAAGAUAUUCAACAAGCCUACACUCCUAAAUGCUUUUAUGGCCCACGUUUAACAAAAACUAGUAUGCAAGGAGACGUGUAUAACUUCCUAGAGAGGCCGACAGGAUGGAAAUGUUUCAUUUACCAUUUUACUGUAUUUCUGCUGGUGCUGGUUUGUUUAAUUUUCAGUGUUCUGUCUACUAUAGAACAUUAUGCAGAAUUUGCCACCGGAACGCUUUUUUGGAUGGAAAUUGUCUUGGUGGUCUUUUUUGGUGCUGAAUACAUGGUGAGGCUCUGGUCUGCAGGUUGCAGAAGCAAAUAUGUUGGUAUCAAAGGACGCAUACGUUUUGCCAGGAAGCCGAUAUCGAUAAUAGAUCUCAUAGUUGUGAUAGCUUCAAUUAUUGUUCUGAGUGUGGGAUCAAAUGGACAAGUGUUUGCUACCUCUGCAAUAAGGGGAAUCCGGUUUCUUCAGAUCCUUCGCAUGCUUCAUGUAGACCGACAAGGUGGGACUUGGAGACUCUUGGGGUCUGUGGUAUUCAUACAUCGCCAGGAACUCAUAACUACCCUGUACAUUGGGUUCCUGGGCCUAAUCUUCUCAUCCUAUUUUGUCUAUCUUGCUGAGAAAGACGCUGUGGAUGAAGAGGGACGAACUGGAUUCUCCAGCUACGCUGAUGCUCUCUGGUGGGGAGUGGUGACGGUGACAACUAUUGGCUACGGGGAUAAAGUGCCACAGACAUGGAUUGGCAAGACCAUCGCCUCCUGUUUCUCCGUGUUUGCAAUCUCAUUCUUUGCUCUGCCUGCAGGGAUUUUGGGAUCAGGAUUCGCCCUUAAAGUCCAACAGAAACAGCGCCAGAAGCAUUUCAACCGGCAGAUUCCUGCAGCGGCAUCUCUAAUUCAGACUUUGUGGAGAAGUUAUGCAGCAGAAAAACCUCAGGGCUGCCUGGCCACCUGGAAGAUCUAUAUUACCUCAGCUCAGAACCCAAAUAAAACAGCUGCACCGCCCAGCCCAAAUCUCCGAAAACAGAGUAAAAGAUAUAAGAGGAAAGGAAAACCCGGGCGUGACAAUGGUUCGACAUCUAUCAAUCCAGGCGACACAGCGUUAUCCGUUCCUCAGAUUACUCACGACUUCAUUGAUGAUCAAGAAGAUAAGAAAGAGCUGAAUUUCUACCUUGAUGAACCUGGAGGUAAACUGUCUCUUUCAGGCUUGGUACUUUUUGGGUUAGUACAUCCUAGCUGUCCUUAUUCCCCCGUCAAGAAACAUUUGGAAGGCAGCAGUGGUGGGAUGUCAAGUGCCAGCAGCUUCAUGGAAGAUGUGGCCCUCACAGCUGAAGAGGCCCUUCUGCCUGCGGUAACAGAUGUCUCACAGUUAACGGAAACCCAUCGUGCGGCUGUCAAGGUCAUAAGGAGGAUGCAGUAUUUUGUAGCUCGAAGGAAAUUUCAGCAAGCUCGGAAGCCUUAUGACGUCCGUGACGUCAUCGAACAAUACUCUCAAGGACAUCUCAAUAUGAUGGUUAGGAUAAAAGAACUCCAAAGAAGGCUGGACCACUCCCUCGGAAAGCCCGGUCUGUUUCUCCCAGAAAAGGGGGUAGACAAAGGCUACUACACAAUGGGAGCCAGACUGAUUAGACUGGAGGAUAAGCUGACCACUUUUGUUGUGUCCUAA